AGGCCACUUCGUUCGCGUUGAACAACUUUUUUUGUGACAAUGUCUGCAUCUGUUGAUUAAAAUUUGAAACAUAAUAAGCUUCUAAACAAGGUCAACAGUUUUCAUCAACUCACAGUCGACAAAAAUAAUAAGAUUCAGUGUAUAAUAUGUCUAUAGUUUCAAUGAUUACUCAUUUUAGUUGUUACAACCAAAGGUACAAGUGCAAGUGUCCGCGAAAAUGAUCCGUACUUUGUUUUUCGCAAUCACAACGUUACAUGAACAUGGAUGACCUAAAAUGCGAAUACGUAAAGAAAAAAGAUGCUUCGGACUGUCACAAAAGCUGUAUAGUAAAGAUAUUAUAAUGUUUUGUGCUUCAAUUAACUUCAAUCAUGAACACAGUUCAACUAUCGCGUAAUGAUCGGUGAUUUGUUGGAUCACAAAAGUGAAAAUGUGAUGUGUCAAACUGAUUGUUUACCUCGCGGACAGGUGAGCGGUUUGUAGAAGUGGUACGCGAGGGCGGCGGGAGGCGGGCGGCAUGUCGGGUCGCACGAGUCCCGUGAACGGCGGUUACGAGGCCGCGAACGCAGAGCCUGCGAUGAGGCUCACCGUCCGCAAAGACCUAUUCCCCGAGGCUCGCCUGCCGAAGAUAGCGCCUGACGACCCUGACGCGGCCUCCACGGAGGAAGACCUAGACACCGUGUCCUAUGUCAAGCUCGAAACGGACUUCGAGCAAAGCAUUGAUGACAUAGCCAAUCAAAAACAAAAAUUAGUUAAUGGGCUGGUGCAAUCCCCCAAACCUCGUCACAGAAAGCACAAGCAACAUUCUAGACGAGAUAAUGAGUAUUCAGUACACAACGGAUGCCUUCCAUCUAAAAGGAAACGGAGAAAAAACUCUUCAAGGGAAUCACGCCAUAAAUCCCAUUCGUCUAAUAGUGUUAUGCGUUCAAAAGUGAAAGGUGGUAAGAAUUUAAAUUUAGUUAGCAGCAGUGAGUGUCAGGAGGAUGAGGACUGGGCCGAGAAGGAAGCGGAGGAAAGUGAAAGUUCGGAAGAUGAAGUGCUCAGGUGCAGUGUAAAGUUACCAUUAAUCAACUUGCCCCGGCAAAGUGGCAAACCCUACAGUCAUGAACUUAGUCAAUUAUCCACAAAAAAGAGUAAAAAGGACUCAAAAGAGAGACGGACUCAUGCCGUGACGCCUUGUAGUGGUAAACCGCGUUCUAUGUUGGACAUUUGUAGUUCUCGUAGCAAAAAGAAAUCAAAGAAGUCUGAGUGCACACCCACUUAUCGAAGUCAGAUAGUGGAUAUGAACACUAUUAAAAUUAAGAUUAAAAGGACAAAUAUUAAUGAAACUAAGUUACAGAUAACAACACCAACACCAACGUCAAUCGCCGAUCUUGGACAGAGGAAAUCCAAAAAGAAACGGGCAGCUUCGCCCGCGCCAAGCGAGAGUUCGGGCGAGGAAUACGACCCCAAAGGAGACAACACUGCGAGUAUGAGUGUCGCUCCUAAGGCGAAACAAGCACGACCGAAGACGCCUAAGACCCGGAAGUCCAAUAAUUCUAAAAAAAAAAGUGAAAAGACUGAAAGAACUAGUAGAAUUAGUGCUGCUGAAAGUAAAGAUGCCGGGCCGCAGAGUCCGUGGGCGACGAUGCCUGAAGAGGUCCUCGUGAAGAUAUUUGAAUAUGCUGUGGCUUCACAGGGAACGUUACCUAGUGUUAUAAGAUUUGGCAGAGUUUGCAAGUUAUGGCAUAUCGUGAGUUGUAGACCAGAAUUAUGGAAAAGCGUGGAUUUGGCACAAUAUACUAAGGAAAAAUGUAAAACAGACUACAAAUUAGUGUGGCUUCUUGAAAACAGAUUGUCACAAUGUCAAAGUUUAAAUAUAGCUCAAUGGAAGGUGUGCAACUUGUCGUGGGUACUGGCGUGCGUGGCGGACUACUGCCCGGCGUUGGUGGAGCUGAGCGUGGCGGGCUGGAGCCGCAUGACGCCCGAGCAGCUGUUCGAGCUGGUGCAGGGCCUGCCGCAGCUGCAGCGGCUGGACCUGUCGCUGACGUCUGAAACCGGCGGGUCUAGCACGUGCCUAUCGGCGGCGUCGAUGGCGCGGCUGGCGGAGGCGUUCGGCGCGCGGUUCACGCAUCUCACGCUCGCCAAUAACAAGUACACCGCGCUGCCGCAGAUACUGUCUUCGGUCGCGGCGCACUGUUCUAACCUGGAGGUGCUGGACAUAUCAGGCGCGCUGGCAACGUCGCACCCCGCCGCCGUGCCCGUGGAGGCGCUGCAGAAGGGCUGCCCCAAGCUGCGCGUGUUCCGCGCCGCCAACUCGCAGCUCGUGCUCGCGCCCGCCACCACCUCGCAGCAGAUGGAAGCCGUCGGCUGGACGCAGUUAGAGGAGCUUUCCAUCGCGGGCGAAGCGGCAGCCGAGGCGGUGGGCGUCGGCGAGUACCGGUUCAACGACGACGCGCUGUCCCGCCUCGUGCGCGCCGCCACGCGCCUGCGCCUGCUGGACCUGCGCGGCCUGCAGCGCCUCACGGACUCCGGGCUCGUGCGCGUGCCCGCCUGGGACCUGCAGCACCUGUUCCUGGGCGGUUGCAACGUCACACGCCAGAGCAACGCGUGCUUAGAGCUGAUCUGCGAGAAGUGGUCCCACAGCCUGUUGGAACUGGACUUAUCGUGGGCGUCUGCCGCGAGGGUCCUGGAUGACGCCGUCUCGGCGCUGGCGGACUCACCUAAUAGCAAGCUAAGAAUACUCAAUCUAUGUGGAUCAUCAGUAUCCUUGGAACCAGUAAAGAAAGUGUUACUACGAUGUCCCCACAUAGAGUCCAUCAAUCUCAGCUCGUGUCGCGCACUUCCCAGGGGCAUGAAGCGUCUGUACACGGGAAAAGAACUUCAGGACCUCAAAGACAGCUUAGACCCAGAAAAGGCGAAAACCAAAGAAAAUGAAUCUAAGGAAAAGACCAAGAAAAAUACAAACAAAACAGAGGCUGACUCUAAAACCGCUGCAGAAAGAACGCCAAAGCAAGAAGUUUCCGAUAGCUCUGGAGAUAAAUCAGAAGCGAAGCCUCAAGAGAAAUCAUCAGAUUCCCUUUUCCAGGAGCCUAAGAGUGUCUCUGAACCGGGAAGUCACAGGCAAACGUUGACAGACGCCGGGCGUAAGACGUCUCCUGAUAGCAAAACCGAUACAUCUUCCAACAAAACUCCCGAAAACAGAGCUUCCAUGUCGGACACCAAACGCGUGAAGGGCGACACAACUCCUAAACUGUUAAGUCCAAUGGCUCAACUGAGACCCGACUCCUCCUCCACACCCAGGUCCGAACAAACUAAAGGGGACAUGGGCAGUCCUCACUUCAGCCCCGUUCCCAAACCCGACAGUCAGGUGCAGAACAGUCCCGAAGUACAUCCCGAAUCGAUCAAAAGCAACUCCUGGAGUUUGGGUCAGUUCAAAACUACACCCACUCACAAGUCCGAAGCCAGCCCCCUGAACAGAAUAGAGAGCCACAACAAACUGAAACACGGCAAAUUCAUCGAACAAUGCAGCCCCACCACGUCGCUGGACAACAAGCCGAGCCCCGAGACCCUCGGCGUGAAGCAGGACAUCAAGACGCCCAACAGCUGGAGCUACGGCAGCCCGAUGCCGCGCCAGGAGGCGCAGUUCGCCUCGCAGCGCAGCCCCUACUCGGCCCAGCCCAGCCCGGCGCAGCCCAGCCCCUACUCCACGCAACCGAGUCCCUACUCCACGCAGCCCAGCCCCUACUCCUCGCAGCCCAGCCCGUACUCGGCCCAGCCGAGCCCCGACACGAGCCAGAUCGUCAAGCCGGAGCUGCCGAAGGCCGGCGCCUGGAACACCGGCGGCUACAGCCCGAUGCCGAAGCACCACGCGCCCUUCUCGCCGCACCCGUCCACGCACGCCAGCCCCGACGCCGGGCCCGGCGCCAAGGACCCGCGCGGGCCCGGCCGCACGCCCGGCCAGUACAGCCCCAUGUCGCGCCAGGACCGCCUGCACCCCGGGCCCUACUCGCCGCGCCCCGACGCCUACACCAAGCGCAGCCCCGGCGUGGCCGGCGGCUACAGCCCCAUGCUGCGCGCCGACUGCCAGCUCGCCAGCCCCGACCAGCCGCCGCGACCGCCCCGCGCCGACUACCGCGCGGCCAAGGCGCCCGAGCUCGCGCCCGCGCCGCCCGACGUCGCCUGGGGCAUGGACCGCUUCGGCCAGCUGCCGGGCGCGCCGCCGACCAGCAUCGAGUCGCUCGUGUGGGGCGCCGGCUUCGAGCAGGCGCCCGCGCGGGAGCCGGCGCCGGCGCCGCUGAGCACGCCGCCGCAGUGGGGCGGGCUGCCGGGCUUCGAGGCGGGCGCGCGGCGGGCGGCCGACCCGUGGGCGCUGGGCCACUUCCGCGUGGAGCCGCCGACGCCGUCGCAGCACACGUUCGUGGAGCAGAGCGUGUCGUUCGACGCGCUGAGCGGGCACGUGGGCCACGCGGCGCACGCGCUGUCCAGUUUUUUAGACGAGGCCUUCGCCGAGUCGUCGCGUGUGGACUGACGCUCCCGCGAGUGCCGCGCCCGCCGCCCGCGGUCGCGUGACGCCGGCGGCGGGUGACGUCGAACGUUUCUCUCGUGCGAGUUUGUAAAUAAGAUUUAUUAGUUAGGCGUAAGAGUGACGAAGCUGUGACAGUGCGGUCGAGUUAUUUUGCAAUCCAUAGUCUAUGAGAGGAUACGUGAUGAGAGCAAAUUAUAUAGAGUUAGUGAAUUCAUCGAUGAACUUAGAUAUUGUUGAAUUAUACUCAUGAGUUAGAUUUUAGAAUGCGUCUUUAUUUAUAUGCCAAAAUCUGUUAAUAUCAUCAACUGAGGCCAAAAUAUAUUUAAUUCAAUUUAUUUGUUGAACUUGAAACAUUUAGCUGCUGUAUUUAUUUAGGACUUCCCGUUGGGGAGACGUGAAGAUUUAUAAGUUUCAUGAACUACAAUAAAAUUAAACAUUCCUUUACAUUUAUUCAACUUUGGUUUGACAUGACAUUUAGGUUUAAAAAAUAUCGCAAAAAUCAAGAUUGUUUAUAAACUUUGUUAGUGGCUUUAGAUAGUGUUGUUAUAUUUGGGCGAUGCUUUAACUAUAGCACAUAACUUUAUUCACGGCAACUUUAAGCAGCUACCUAAUUUUAAGCUGCUUUAUGCAUUCACUGUAACAGUUGUGUCUUCGUUAAGUGAUUGUUACUAAAAUAAUAAGUAUAAUAAAUGUUCUGUUCUCUGGUCAUUAGGUUCUGGAUGUCAUUAGUGUUGUAAACAUCUGAUUAUGAAAAAGCAAUAUCUUGGUCUAAAGUUAUGAGAUUGCUUCAGCCUUAGAAUAUUUAAUUGCAGUGCUAGGCUAGCCUGUUUAUUCCAAGUAGGCAAUAUUCUCCGAAUGUUGCCAUAUUGAUUAGGAAAGUACCCUUCCUAUUCAUAAAUAAGUUUAAAUCAACUAACCACACAUUAUGUUAUGUUAAAUCAAACACCACUUACAUAAAUAUCUUCUAAAUAUUUCAAUGAACAGAUGUUUUAGACUAAUGCAUUUAUUAGAUUAGCAGUUCAUUUUUUUAUUUUAUUUUUUCUUAUGGUGUUAGUGUAAUUAUUUAUCUAUCAUGGUUAUCAUAUUUAUUAUUCCAUACUGAGAAAGAAUAGUGCAAUGCACUUCACUUCAUUGGAGUAUAUUAAUUUAUUUAUAUUUUUUUACUUAAAUAUUUUAUUACGAUAUUUUUAUUGUAGUUCUUUGCGUAUUAAGUCCCCUAAAAUGUUGGAAACGUUAUAAAAAUGGCAAAUGGUGGAUAAAUUAUAUCUAAGGCUGUUGCAAAUGCUUACUCUCUUGACAACUAUUAAGUAAUUUGCUUUUUAAUGUUCAGAAAAAUUGUAAUUUUAAGACUUAGUCACAAAAUCUGCAUAUCUUUCUUGUUCCAUUUGAUUACACAACUUUAAUUUAACUAGAGAACAAUAUUAACGGUUUGCUUUUCAUUAAUUAAUAUUUCAUAUACUUUGUUAGAAAUUUCACAUGUAAAAAUCAUAAAAUUGCCUUGUCUUUCUUUUUAUAACACUUACAUGAUAAUAUCUUAACCAAUGAAGUUUGUGGUUGUUGGGAGUGCUGACUGAGAUGUCAUACCUGAUUUGAAAGCGAAUGUGUUCAUGAAAUCACGUUGUUUGAUCAAUUCUGUUUCCAUUUUAAAUAUAGUCAAUUGCAAAUAGUUACAAAUGUUAUUUGUCGGUGGCAUUGCGGAGUCACAAGAGAAUAAUAAUUAUGAAUCGGUACAGAUGUUGUAAAAAUUAUGAGAUGUUGAUUAUUCUGGGCUGUUGACGUGUUGCUCGUUGGAGCUAUGUCAAUCGAGUUGUUUUAUGGUCUACGUCCUUGUUGUUAUGGUGUAACUCCGAAAGAACUAUUUUAAGUUACAUAAGGUCACUUUUUCUCGAAGUUAGCUUAUCGCAGAUCAAAUAAUACCAUUACAUAAUUCGUCUCUCAAUUCUAUUGAUAGGACUUUUAGUUAAUUACUAAACUUAGGAUGAUGCUAGUGCACUACCUACUAUGAACACGAAUAUUAAAUAGGUAACAUGAUGAAUGGCUCAGUUUUGAAUUUAAAUCAACUAAUUGAAGCAAUUACAAAUCAUGCAUUUAGUAUUCAAAAAUCUAUUUCAUUGAAUUGAUUGCCAUGUAUUAGCAAUAAAAAGUAUAAUUUAUAAUUAUAAGAGUUAAAAAAUAUAAUUCAAAAAUGUUUAUUAUGUUUUGAGCUUGCAAAUAUUUACCAUUUACGAUCUUCUUUUUUUAUUUAAAAGAAUUUAUACUUCUGAUCGUUUUAGUGCUUUUUUACCAUUGCUUCAUAACAAAUUAAUUUGUUUCUUAACCGCUCAUGUUAGAAGAAAGUAUCCAUCUGUUAUUUGUAAAGUAUAUUUUUUAAUAAUAUACAACGUGUAAUAGAAGUAAUGCAAAAUCUCAAUCACUAUGUGUUCAUGCGUCCCCGUGGGCCUAGUUCUACUGGUAGUAUCACGGGUAAUUUAGUUUUUCGGCGGCACAACUACUAAUAUAAAAACCACUAUUAGUAGGACCACUGUUUUUCCAUGGUUCUAUAAGAUGGGUCUGAGCAGUAAUACCACGGGCAACGCACGACCGAAAUACCCCUGGAUUAGCUGUUGAUUAGAUUGAGACAUCGACCGAGUUAACUGUCAAAGCUUAGCCAGUAUUUACUUACUGCACUUUAUGAUGUUUUACUCUCCAUAGCAUACAACUUUUCAUUUGCAUAACGUUUAAAUACGAUUACGAGAUACCAUUGAAUGAUUCAUUCACAAUGAAUUUUAAAGUACAUAGUGUAAUCGAUUCCUACUCUCGAUUCUAAACCAAUUUCAAUGUAUGCAUUCAUUCAAUUACACGUUUUAUUUGAGCGCUAGUGUUGAGAUUUUUGGCAAUUAAUACUUCAAUAUAGUAUUGGGUCUAAAACAAUAGUUGGGUACCUACUUCAGGUAACUAUAAAAAUGUCUUUUGGUCUCUGGAAUUGACACAUAGUAGGGCUGUGCCUAAAACUCAGAUUUGGAAGUUCUAAAAACAUAUAAGCAACACAAAUGAGGAAUCUCUAUGUCAAAAUUAUUUUCUGUAUGCAUAAAUAAUAUUUUGAAUCACACAAUAUUUGGCACAAUUACUUUUUAGUUUUAAUCUUACCCAAAACUUAAAAAUUGGCGGUAUAAUUUAGUUAUAAUUUUGUGUUCAAUCAUUUUGUUUAGAAUUUUCUUUUUUGAGAUCGUUUUAUUAACUAGCCUUUAACGCAUAUUUUUCCACAUGAAACUGUAAUAAUUAUCAUUCUUUGUGAGAGCUUAUGACCGAAUGCUUAAACAAGUUAGAAUAACAUCGAAUAAAUUUCUAUUUGAUAUCGAUUAUAGAUUUGCCCUUGAUUCUUUCAAUUUCAAUAUUUAGACCAACCACAGGUUAGGGUCAAUUUUGAGACUCGCUUGAAAAUACGGGCCCACUAACUCAUGUAGACGAUUUUUUUUUUUCUUAAAAUGAAUUGCGUUAACUGAUCCUUUAUUAUUAUUAUCGCCAGCAUUUGGCCUUAAGCCCUCACUGCAGUGUUUAUCUUAUGUAAUGUUUAUUAAAAUAAAUGUAUUUAUGGUUUGUAUAUGAAAUUUUAAAUGCCGUCACACCAAAUUAUUGGAUGCGCCACCGCCUGAUCUAGAUUUCCUGCUGGGUCCCAUUCAAAUUAAAUUGAAAGUCCUUCUUUUUACUUUAAGUGAUGCUGUUUACUUGUCCCCUUUAAAAUAGUUGAAUAGUUGAGACAAGUAAUGAUUUGCCCUCUUCAUUGUUUGUUAAUGGAAUUCAUAUAUUAUUAUUAUAAUACUUAUAUAGAAAUUGCGCAAAGUUGACUACAGUAAUUUUCAACUACAACUGUGUUGCUAUAACUAAUAUUCCCAGUGUAGAUUUUGCGAAAGCCAAUUUCAUAAAUGCCAUUCAUAUAAAUAUACCAUGCUUCAACUUUCCACAACGCUUAGGGUGUUUGUUUUUGUAAGCUAUGCAUAUUUUCAAACUUUGAUAAGCCAAGUACAAAGUGCUUUGUAUAAAUUAAUGUUACAUAGGUACUUCACGUUGUAUUUGAAGAGACCCGAGAAAACCACCAAAUAUUGUUUCCAAGACCUGCAUUAGCCUUAUAAAAUUGCCUAAUGUGUUACUGAAGAGAAUAUUUUAUAGUUUUAUUAACUUAUUACAAAAUGAAGUAUAUCUACUAUACAUAGAAUGUAUAAAUUAAAUAUAAUAUUAGGUGAAUAUUAUGUUAAAUAAUCGUGUACCAUAGUAUGUAUAAAAUAAAGUUGACUAAUUACUGUAAGUUCUGUUAUGUAGAGAUUUUUGUUUGUAAUAUUGUUACACUUGCAUGGACUUCUCACAGGUGGUCCAAUUUUUA